GCAAGGUCAGGAUCCAGGCAGACCCGUGGUCGGCGGAGCGCCUCUUCGAGAUCCCCGAUGAAGAGAGGUGUAUAGAGCUUCUGACCGAAAUGCGUCUCAUCCAGGAAGGAGCAGGGCGGUACAGAACCAUCCGUCCCGAUAAAAAGGAGUCGUCUAAUUGGUACCAGUCCGCCGAGAGAGUAGGGAGCGCGCCCGGGACUUUGUCAAAGUCUUCAAGUUCAGGGAAUACGGCAAUGGAAACCCGCGCCACACAUCUGGAGAACAGAAGAAACCUACAGAACCAGCCGGUGGUACGCCGGGAGCCCCCGCCUCCACCCGCACCUCCUCUGGAAAGGAGGCUGUCUCAGACAAGAGACCCCCCCGGAAGGGAGAAGCCACAAGUGUCCAACACCAUGCGGAAACUGUUCGUGCCGACCAGCCAGUCUGGCCAGAGGGAAGGACUGAUCAAGCACAUCCUGACCAAGAAGGAGAACGAAUAUGUCAACAUUGAAAACUACAAAUUCUUUAUAGGAACGUGGAAUGUAAACGGUCAGUCUCCAGAAGGCGGAUUAGAACCCUGGAUGCACGCCGAUGCAGAGCCCCCCGAUGUCUACGUCAUUGGAUUCCAGGAGCUGGACCUCAGCACAGAAGCUUUCUUCUACUUCGACUCAGGAAAGGAACAGGAGUGGCUGGAGGCUGUAGAGAGGAGCCUCCACCCCAAAGCCAAAUAUAAGAAAAUCCGUCUGAUCAGGCUUGUGGGGAUGAUGAUGCUGGUGUUUGCCAGGAAGGAACACUUCAAGCACAUCCAGGAGGUUGCAGCAGAGUCUUUAGGCACAGGGAUCAUGGGGAAAAUGGGUAACAAGGGAGGCGUGUCGGUGAGGUUCGUCUUCCACAACACCUCCUUCUGUUUUGUGAACUCUCACUUGGCGGCACACGUGGAAGAUUUCGAAAGACGCAAUCAAGAUUAUAAGGAUAUCUGCGCCCGACUGAACUUCUUUUUACCAGACCAGAAUGUCCCCACCCUAAACAUCAUGAAACACGAUGUGGUCAUUUGGCUGGGAGACUUGAACUACAGGCUGUGCAAAUAUGAUGCCACGGAAGUGAAGACCAUGAUUGCGAAGAACGACAUUAGCACUCUGCUGAGGUUUGAUCAGCUUAACAUCCAGAGAGAGCUAAAGAACGUCUUUGCAGAUUUCAUAGAAGGUGCGAUCACCUUCAUCCCAACGUACAAAUACGACCCCAAGACCGAUGGCUGGGAUUCGAGUGGCAAGUGCCGUGUGCCGGCCUGGUGUGACCGCGUUCUGUGGAGAGGAAGUAAUAUUAAACAGCUGAAAUACCGCAGCCACAUGGAGCUGAAAACCAGCGACCACAAACCCGUCAGCUCUCUGUUCAGCAUCGGGGUGAAAGUGGUCGAUGAGCGUCGAUACCGGAAGGCGUUUGAGGACAUUGUGCGGAUGAUGGACAGAAUGGAAAAUGAUUUCCUUCCUUCCUUAAACCUCAGCAGAAGAGAGUUCAAGUUCGAGCGGGUGAGGUUCCGGCAGCUGCAGAUCGAAAAAUUUGACAUCCAGAAUGACGGGCAGGUUACCUGUCACUUCUCAUUCAUCCCAAAACUGAACGACACUCAGUACUGUAAACCCUGGCUGCGAGCUGAGCCCUGCGAGGGAUACCUGGAGCCAAACGAGUCGGUCGAGAUCAGUCUGGAAGUUUACGUCAGCAAAGACUCCGUCACGCUGCUGAACUCGGGUCAGGACGCCAUCGAGGACAUCCUGGUUCUUCACCUUGACCGCGGCAAAGAUUACUUCCUGACCAUCACCGGGAACUACCUGGUCAGCUCAUUCGGCACGUCUCUGGAGGCCUUGUGCCGAAUGAAGAGGGCCAUCCGGGAGAUCCCAGUUACCAAACUCAUUGACCUGGGAGAAGACAGUUUCUCAGAGAAGGAGAAGGCCGUCAUGCAGAUGCUUCCGGAUUUAGAAGGGGACGGUGUGACCGACAAACCUCUCAAGAUCCCAAAAGAGAUGUGGCUGCUGGUGGACCAUUUAUAUAAGAACGCCUGCCAUCAGGAAGAUCUCUUCCAAACCCCUGGCAGACAGGAAGAACUACAGCAGAUUAUCGACUGCUUAGACACCAGCAUUCCAGAUAACAUCCCGGGUAGUAACCAUUCUGUGGCAGAAGCUCUGUUAAUAUUCCUGGAAGCUGUACCAGAGCCAGUGAUCUGUUACGAGCUCUAUCAGCGAUGUAUUGACUGUUCCCAUGACACUCGCCUCUGCCGCCAGGUGAUAUCUCAGCUACCACGAUGCCACCGGAACGUUUUCCGAUAUUUAAUGGCGUUUCUUCGAGAGCUGCUGAAGUACACUAGUGACAACAAUUUGACGGCCAGCCUGAUUGCUACCGUGUUCACAAGCCUCCUGCUGCGGCCUCCACCUAACUUAGUGGGGAAACAGACUGCGAGCGAGCGCCAGAGGGGGAUUGCGUUCAUCCUGGGUUUCCUGCUGGCAAGUGACGAGGAGUGAGACGUUUUUUUCCAGGAGCCGUUACAGAGACCCUCUUAUUAGAGGACAUCAUGACUGACUCCAGACCGUUCCCUGAAGGCCUGCCUGAGGAUAUGAUAUUCUCUUCAGGAACAGAAGGGGAAAUCUUGACUGAAGCCAUCGUUUUUUUUGUUUUGUACCGGUUAACCUAUAGGAGUAGAAGAAGCCCUACGACCUCCCCAAACACAGGUGUAAUGUUUGUUCCACGCGAACAGCUAUGUCUGUGGUGCGUACAAGAACGCGGACGCACUAUUGCAUUACCCGGACAUUUCGGUCCUCACCUUUUUGUCGUUUCAACGCUACACACUGGUGCCAUGGUCUUUGUAAGUUCUGUGUGUGACUCUUUCCUAUUUAAGUGCCCUUUUGCUCUUUCUUCUGCAGAAUCAUCUCUUGAAUAGUUGCCGUGACUCCUCCCUGGUCCAUAUCGUUCAAUUUAUAAUCAUGUGAAGAACACAUGAAGGUUAUACAUUAUUAUUCAGUGUCUGUGCUUGCUUUCUGCUUCUUAGGCCCGCUUACAUGUUCACUUUCAUCGUAGUCUUUG